UUCCGGCAGGUCCCCAUGGAGGCGCUGGGGAAGCUGAAACAGUUCGAUGCCUACCCAAAGACUCUGGAGGACUUCCGGGUCAAGACAUGCGGUGGGGCCACAGUGACCAUCAUCAGCGGUCUCCUAAUGCUGCUGCUCUUCCUGUCCGAACUGCAGUAUUACCUUACCGCGGAGGUUCAUCCUGAACUCUAUGUGGACAAGUCCCGGGGGGACAAACUGAAGAUCAAUAUUGAUAUUUUCUUCCCGCAUAUGCCCUGUGCAUAUCUGAGUAUUGAUGCCAUGGAUGUAGCUGGGGAACAGCAGUUGGACGUGGAACACAAUUUAUACAAACAGCGUUUGGACAAGGAUGGCCACCCUGUAACCACAGAAGCUGAGCGCCAUGAGCUGGGGAAAGAGGAGGAAAAGGUCUUUGACCCCAGCUCCUUGGAUCCUGAGCGCUGUGAGAGCUGCUAUGGUGCCGAGUCUGUGGAUAGCAAAUGUUGUAACACAUGUGAAGAUGUUCGGGAAGCAUACCGGCGCAAGGGUUGGGCUUUCAAGAACCCAGACACCAUUGAACAGUGUCGACGUGAAGGCUUCAGCCAAAAGAUGCAAGAACAGAAGAAUGAAGGCUGCCAGGUCUAUGGCUUCCUAGAAGUCAACAAGGUGGCCGGGAACUUUCACUUUGCUCCUGGGAAGAGUUUCCAACAAUCUCAUGUGCAUGUUCAUGCUGUAGAGAUUCACGACCUGCAGAGCUUUGGACUAGACAAUAUCAAUAUGACUCACUACAUACGACGUCUGUCUUUUGGGGAAGAUUAUCCAGGAAUUGUGAACCCUCUAGAUGAUACCAACAUCACUGCUCCCCAAGCUUCCAUGAUGUUCCAGUACUUUGUGAAGGUAGUGCCCACAGUAUACAUGAAAGUAAAUGGGGAGGUGCUGAGGUCAAAUCAGUUCUCUGUGACAAGACAUGAGAAAGUUGCCAAUGGGCUGAUUGGAGACCAGGGGCUUCCUGGAGUCUUUGUGCUAUAUGAGCUCUCGCCCAUGAUGGUCAAACUGACAGAAAAGCACAGAUCCUUCACCCACUUCCUCACUGGUGUCUGCGCCAUCAUUGGAGGCAUGUUCACAGUUGCUGGACUCAUCGAUUCUCUGAUCUAUCACUCUGCUCGGGCCAUCCAGAAGAAAAUCGAAUUAGGGAAGACAACAUAGUCACAGGAGCUGCAUGCCCAACCCAACCCUGUCUUAUUCGGGUCUAUCUGUCUCCCAGCUCCUCCCAACUUCUUCAGGCCCUGUCCCUCAUGAAUGCUAUUCUGCAACAUAUAAGACCUUCUCUGUCCUCCUGACCCCACCCCACUCCCAAGAGUUGGUAAAAUUGUGUAUUGUGAUGGUAUUGAGGUCUAAGUGUGUCUCCUGCUCACUCCUCCCUCUCCUUCCCCCCAAAAUCCUUUGCUUCAACUCUCAUGCUCCUUGUGUCUCAAAGGACAGUUCCUCCUGGUCUUUCCUGUUAUAUUCUCACUUAAGCAAGCUCCUUCCUAUACUGGAAUCACCUGCCAGGAGUCAAGAGCAAAGUGAACCCCUUUCCAGAGAUGCUGGUCUCUCAAAUUUCACCUCCCUGGCUCUUCCUAGAGGCUGAUGGAGGCACUGAGCUUGGAAGAGAAGCUGAGCCAGCUACCAGUAUGGGGCAUUAUCAAGGAGUAGUAACGUUUUGCUUUUGAUCACACCUGGAUUAGGAGGAUUCAAGAGGAUAGCCUUCCCUCAGGAAAUGUCCACCCUUAUUCUUUCACGGAGUGUUUAUGGGAUGGGAAGCAGCAGCCACAGGAAGCCAAGGAAGUAAAAAGCUCCAGGUUUCUGUCCCCAAAGUCAAACCCCUUUUCCGUCUUAUGUUCUGCCUCAGACUGGGAUGGAAGCUGAGAAGAAGGGAAAGUAAAAGGAAAAACAAUGCAAAUUCCCAUGGCUUCUUGGGGUUGAAAGGAAGAAUUUCUGACUUUUUGCUAUCCCUAAUGCUAGUUGGGUUCCAUCUGUGCCUUAGUCACAGUGCAAACAUUGUCACCUCAACCCUCCAUUGACUUCUCUAAGAUUUCUGUUCACCUGCAUAAAGUCCACUUCCCAGCAGAACUGGGAAAUCAAACUUUCCCAGAGAAAAGUAUGAAAUGGACAAAAGACAUUGCAAAGGCGGCUGUUGUGUAUAUACCUGAGAGGCAAUGCUGUCUAGUCCCAGCACAGAGUGAAUGAGGAACAAGGGGAUUGAUGACCAUAAAGUGGUACAACUUUUUAGACCCUCCUGAGUCGACAGUCUCAAAGAUAUGGACUUAAUCUUUAAUCUUCAACUUGUUUGGUUGAAAAUUAAUUUCCCAAAUAUCAGACACCAAAUUGUGUUCAAAAUAAAAUAGAAAUGAUUUUUAA